AUGAUGCCACCACCAGCCCCAACACCCCGUGGCCCAGUCCCUCCCCGCCUAGCCGCCUUUCCCGCAAUGAACUCCCCCCAACGCGCCCGCGGCCCCCUACCGAACCCCCCCAAGCCAACGCGCAAGGUCAUCCUCACGCCGGGCCACUCCCCGCUCGACUGGGCGCGCAUCUCAGGCCCCAACGCCGACUUGCGCAACCUCCCGCCCUCGACGCCAUACCUCAAAGUCACGCCCUCGAUGCUGAAGAAGAUGACGGGCAGGAAGGGGAAGGAUGCGUGGAUGGCGUUGGGUGGGAGGGUGUACAACAUUACGCCGUACCUGCCGUACCACCCGGCCGGCGAGCCCGAGUUGCUGCGUGGCGCGGGACGUGAUGGGACGAAGUUGUUUGGAGAGAUUCAUCCGUGGGUGAACUACGAAACUAUGCUCUCCGCGUGCCUCGUGGGGCUGUUGGUGGAUGAGGAAGAGGGUUCAAAGCCGAGCGCGAUGGAUGAGAUGGACUGA